AUGUUAGCAUUGCUGCUUCUCGCGUUCAUCUCAUGGUCUCAAUGGGUAUCUGCAACAAUUCUCCAAAACGGCCAGGUCCGAGAGAAUCCAUAUCCCGGCCAAGCUGUGACUAUUGAGCUUGAUGGGAAUUGGAGAAACUAUACUCGCGAUGCACCAGAGAUCUCAUACAAAGGCCGGUGGGAUAGCUACUAUACGUCUUGGUGGUCAGUCCCAGGUAUUAAGUUCGCGUUUACCGGCGAGAAGCUUGCAAUUGGCUUUGGACAAAACACCAGCGACGGCGUUCUCGUUGCAUAUAGACUGGGAGGAAUGAAUUGGCAGUUCUCGAAUGUAACGGCUGAUUCAACCUGCCAAUUCAUUGGGCCGUGGACUCCUGGAUUAAAUGAGACCGAUCAGGCUCAGAAUAAGACAUUCGAGUUACGAGUCCAAAUAACCGGUAUCUCGGUCACGGAAGGCUCUAAGCUUGUUGCCGUUCCCAAUUUGAAGAAGAGUGUCGAGAUAAUCGGGGAUUCCCUGGCAAGUGGAAUGCAUGGUACCUAUGAAGGACUUUCUGGAUGGGCAUUUGGCUUUGCAGCGGGCCUGGGAAACGUCGAAUAUUCUAUCACUGCAUAUCCCGGGAUCUGUCUUGUAGACAGAGAAUGUUAUAACGGGAGCAGUCGUGGCAUGACAUAUGCAUGGUAUUACACAUCCGACGUAGGAGUCCGUGCCCAAACCGCCUAUGGAGACAACCCUGAGCCAUGGAACUUCACUUCUCAGCAAUCGGCUGACUUGGCUGUGAUUGAUCUGGGUACAAAUGAUGCCAGAUACCCGAAUGAGAUCCCGGGAGACCACUUCGUCUCAAGCUACGUGGAGCUGAUAAACACUGUGCACAAAGUGUGGCCCGAGGCGCAGGUUGUCCUCAUGUCUCUUUGGGGCAACUUUGAGCGGUCCAGAGAUACAUACAUCCAAAGACCAAUGUAUCAAUCCGCGGUUCAGCAAGUCCAGGCGCAUUUUCAGAAAGCGGGAUUCGUGCAUUACUUCGAUACCAGAGGCAUCCUCCAACACAACGACAUCGCCCCGUUGAACCAUCCCACUGACAUUGGACACAUCAAGGUCGCCAGCCAUCUGAUGCAAUGGGUCCAAUUGAAACUGGGGUGGGAGUUUGGUACUCAGGGAGAAGAGAUUCAAUCCGGCACGACGUACUGGAAUAACCAAAGCAGUUAUUAA